AUGAGCCUCACUUCUGCCUUCGUCGGCAACCUCAUGAGGGCUCUCACCACUGUCUCAGGCCUGGCGCUCUGGGUGUCCGCCGUCGCUGCUGCUCAAACAACAACAGCAUGCGAAACCGUCUUGACGCCAUCCUACACAUCGCCCGUUGUGGCGCCGGGCUGGAAAGCCGCACUUGUCGCGAAGGGCUUGACGAAACCCCGGGGCAUCAUUUUUGACAGAAAAGGCAGGCUUUUGGUCGUGCAGCAGGGCGUCGGCGUCACGCGCCUCGACUUGGUCGACCACGGAGACACCUGCAUCUGGAUGUCGACGAGCGAGACCAUCCUCUCCGACAGCCAAGGGCAAGACCAAUUCGGCUACAACCAUGGUAUCGAGAUCUCGGCCGACGGGCGCAUGUUACUCGUCUCGACCAGCGAAGCUGUGCACGCAUGGUUAUACGACUCAGAGCGCGGCCGCAUCACCAAGGACAGCAUGCGCGUCCUCAUUCGCAAUAUGACCAGCGCGGGACACGUCACGCGCAGUUUGCUUCUCACUCGCAAUCAGCCACCGCCCAGCAACCCAGGAGAUGAUGGUGAGGAAAUGCCGCCCCGUACAUACUUGCUCGUCUCGCGCGGCAGCUCCGCAAACGUCGACACUCUCGCCGGAGACGCGACCUCGGGCAUCUCGCAGAUCCGCGCUUUUGACGUGGCUGAGCUGUAUCAGGCCACGACGCCUGUCGACUAUGCGUCCGGAGGCAGGUUGGUUGGUUGGGGCCUGCGCAACUCGGUCGGUAUGGGCGAGCACCCUGCUACAGGAUCCAUCUGGAGCGUGGAGAACAGCGCCGACGACAUGGCACGGGCUGGGCAGGACGUCCAUCAAGACAAUCCUGGCGAGGAGCUCAACUACCACGGGACGGUUGAGAGCAUUUUCUCGGAAAAAGCCGACGAGGCAUUGGAGUCGAAAAAUCGGAACUAUGGCUAUCCAUUCUGCUACGCGCUGUGGAACACGACCGACUUCCCGGAACUGGGCGAGUUGAAGGUCGGUGAUCAGUUCAUGUCCAACCCGGACAGCAAAACGGGCGAUCAGAAGUGCGCGGAUGAGUUUAUUUCUCCCCGGUUGACCUUCCAGGCUCAUAUGGCCCCUCUGGAUAUUAAGUUCGAUCCCAAGAAUAACGGAUCGCGGGUUUUCAUCUCCUUCCACGGUAGCUGGAACCGCGAUGUCCCGGUUGGGUACAAGCUUUCCUACGUCAACUUCUCAGCCAAAACGGGCCAGCCCAUCCCGGCAGCCGACAGCGUCGAUAGCCUCGUGGACAUUAUGACAGCCGCCGAUGUUACCAAGUGUGGUCUGACCAGAUGUUUCCGACCCGUGGGAUUGGCGUUUGACAGCACUGGUGAAAGAUUAUUCGUUUCGAGCGACGAUACAGGCGAGAUCUGGGUUAUCAUGGAAGAUAAGUCGGAGAAUGGACAGAGCGGGAAAGGAGGAGAUGGGUUUUUAGGCACAGGUGGGGGCCCUAACAGCAGUGCAGGGAGGGAAUAUGCCCCACCAUGA